UCAUUUCAUAUCAACCCAUUUUACAAACAAAAACAAUGGAAGAAACAAAAGAUGCAAUUGACACAACUCCAGUGAAAAGGGCAUUGCUUGAUGAUGACGCAUUAUUAGCUUUGGAAAAACUAGACCGAGCUUCACCUGAUUUAUGGCCAGAAAAAAAUUUCAUAUCAAUAAACAAUACGCCAGUGCAGUCCUCCCCGCCUGCUUGGACAAGAGGUCUUUCACAAGAUGAUAUAAAUGCUAUGAACCAAUUGGGAGUUCUAUCCACUAAUGGUUUAAUUUCUGAAAUACGUAAAAUUUAUGAUCAGGCUUAUCAACUUGGUGUAAUGGAAUCUAAAGAGAUGACUAGGGGAAAAUACCUUGGAAUAUUUACAAAUUCAAAAAAAAAGACGUAAAUUCAAAUUGAAAAAUUAACAUUAAAUUUAUUUAAAAUUAAAUAUGAAACUAUGAAAUUUUUAUUUUUAUUAAUAAGUAAUUGUAAUUUAAACUAUUCCAAAUAAAAUUAUUUUACCACAGUA